CUCAUUCACUUGUCACCAAAAGAGCCCCCAAUAUGGCAGCAUUAAGAAAGAUGAGCAAGGAGAGGCUGAAAAAAUCACGGGGACAAUCUAGACUGCCAAAACGAAGAAAGACUAUUAUGAUUGUCUGUACUUUCGACCCAUGUAUGCUGGAAUCAGAAGCAUCCAUCGAGGACCUGAUGGUGCAAACGCGGAAGAUCAAGUACAACAUCAUUGGUCUGACCAAAACGAGGAGACAUCAAUCACAUCAUGCCAUUUUUGACACUGGAGAAGAAUUGUUCCUCGGAACAUGUGACAACAGAGGCAUUGGUGGUGUUGGUGUCCUUGUCAACACGAACUUGGCCAUGAGCAUCGAUUCAUUCGAAUGCCUAACAAUCUGAACUGGAUAAUUAUGCUUUAAUAGAUGUGGCUCACUGCCUGCAGUUUCUAUCUUCGUUGUCUACGCACCAACUUUCAACUAUGAUGAAGAAGAAAUUGAGAGGUUCUACAUGGAACUGGAGACGUUCUAUAAAGAAGACCACACCUUCCACAAGAUCAUUGUUGGUGAUUUUAAUGCCAAGAUAGGUCCGAGAAGGUCACCCAAAGAACUCUACAUUGGAACACAUGGCCUAGAAUGGAAUGAUCAGGGUGAGAGACUGUCUGAAUUCAUCAUGUCGACCAAGACCAUC